AUUAUUAACAUUGUAGUGUUUUCUUAGUACAUAUAAUGUUGUUUCCUCGUUGAUAAUUUAAACAAAAAUAUAAUUUUCAAUAAUGACGUUACUUCGUAUCAAACCAAAUCAAAUGAUUCGUAUAUUAGAAUUAACCGGAAGUUUUACUAGCACUUGGCCGCCAUCUCGACAUGCAAGUCGUUUGGAAAUGAUUUUACGAGACGUCGGUUGGAUUUUAGGAAUGUGUAAUGCAAUUUUCGUAUUGUUAGCAUUGUUUAAUGCAGAUUAUUAUCAUAGAAAUGACGUUGUUUCUUUGAUGAAACCUUUAUGCGAAACGACUACUCUGACCGAUGUUAUAUUAGCGUUAAUUUUAUGCAGAAUCAAGAGAACUCAUUUUCAGGAACUCAUAGAAGAGGUAAAGGAAUUUAUUAAAACUUGUUCUUCCGAGGAAGAAGCAAUAAUGCAAAAAUAUAUAGAUCAUUCCUCGAUUUCAACAACAAUGGCGAUUUCGAACGUAGCAGCUGCCUUUGCAUUUUCUUUUACACCAUUAUUCACAGAAAACGACGUUCCUGGAGAUGCAUUGUUUCCAUUUAAUUUAAAACCAUUGCAUGUUAAAAUUCCAGUAUACGGAUUGGCAGUAAUACUUCUCUUUCAAACUGCAUUAUGCGUUUGCGUCGAUUUUAUGAUUGCCAUGUUGAUGUGGUACUCUUCUACGAAAUUAGAAAUUUUAGGAAUAAGAUUAAGCAAUGCUACGGACAAACAAAAAAUAAGAGAUUGCGCUAAAGAACAUCAAGAGAUUUUAAAUUUUAUAUCCAAAACACAAAAAGUUAUCGGAACUUUAUUGUUCAAAUCGAACGCGACGAUGGGUGCCACCGCCAUUGGUGCAACAUUUUCGCUUUUACAUCAUGAACCACUAAAUAUAGAACUACAGUUUAUUUGCAUGGUGAUAGCUAGCUAUCAAAGAUUAUAUGUUACAGCUUUACCUGCUGACGAUUUAAAAGAAAUAAGUGUGAAACUCGCGACAUCGGCGUACAAUUCGAGUUGGUUCGAAGAUCCAACCAAUAUGGCAGUAGACGUACACAUUAUAAUAUUAAGAAGUCAAAAACCUAUUUUGAUUUCUAUGGGUAAACUGCUUCCCAGUUUAACACUUGAAUAUUAUGCGAAUUUCUUUUACACGGUUUCAUCGUAUUUUAUGACAAUGAGACAAAUGAUAGAUGAGUGA